AUGCGAUCGACACGUGAAAAUGCCACAUUUACAGCGCUGUCGUGUGGACACCUACUACAUCGGUCAUGUCUCGAAGAAUAUAUUAUACGCACAGUAACCCGAUUCCCUACUUGCACUAUUUGCCCCACUAACAUUGAUAUUAUUAGAGAGGAACGUACACAUGCAUCUGGUGAAUUUAAUCUAGUGCGUAAAGACCAAGACUCGGGAAAGAAAGCAUCCCAACUAAGUACGGAUACUAUAGACGGUGAUAACAAUUUGGAAUAUAUGGGUGAACUAGGAUUGUUGGUAGACACGACUUCUACACAGCAAGAGAAUCAGAUCGCACAAAGUAGAAAGAAUCUACCAAUACUCAAGAGUCCUAUUGUAAUCGAUGAUGACAAUUAUGAGCAGACAUCAUCAAAAGACACCGAUGAAGGGGAUAUUGUACAAAGUUUGUUGGGAGAGUUGUCCACACCUAUUAAGGGUGAAACCGUCGAAGCUAUGAUUGAUGAAGAUGAAAAUAACAAGAAUUCAGCACCAAAAAAUCUAAGCAUUUUAUUCCAGAAAGCAUGUCGUUGCCGAAAUGCGUGUGAUGAAAGCAAAUCAGGAAGAAAUUACUUGUUGGUAUUAUUAUGGGAAAGGGUUCGAGGGAAGAGUUGA